CAGCUUUACUCUCAAAGUAGAAGCGACGGAUGCGCCACGCCAUCCGAAACCCAAACGUCGUCGUUUUAACCUAGAAGACCCUGCUUCUGCCUCCGCUUCCACUUCUGCUUCGCCGCUCCCGUCUUUAAAUUCUUCACCUGGAAAAACCAGUACCAUCGAGCGAGUCGCCCCAAAUCUCUCCUGUUUCUCUAUAGAUCACACUGAAUCAUUGCUACAAUUUCGUUUCGCUUCUGUAAUCCCUAAACCAUUUCUCCUUCUUCUGAUUUACUUGAACACCCUAAUAAAUCCCCAAAUCAACCUUGGUGUUCACAUUAUUGAAAUCUUAGAUCAGCAUUUCUGUUUUCUUGUUAUAUUCUCAGCUUCAUAGCUAAGUCAACUCAUUGACCCACUCACGAAGUCAUUCCCUUCACAUUAGUCUCUCAAUUUUAUCCCUCUACUUGUUUAAGCUGUAAGCAUCAGGUUCUCAUCUGGGUUAACUCAUUGGUAGAGUCAGUGAGUUGUUGUUCGAAGAAUUUUCUUGCAAAAUUUGAGAUUUUGAAGUUGCGGUUUGGUACUGAAAAGAGGGAUGUGAAAAAUGGAGGGAAGCAAAGGCUUUGGUGGUAUUGGAGAGAAUGGCAGCUCCAGCGAGGGUCGGCCUCCGAACCCUCUUGCUGCAGCGUGUCGACAGUGUUUUAGCAUCGAUAAUAGUCCUGUUUCCUGUAAGAAGACGCUUGUUCGGCACCAGUCCCUUGUGAAGACAAGGACAUCAGAUAUAUCUGUUGAAUCUGAACUGGACCACAACUCAGACUUCAUUCCUAUUGUCCGUUCUGGAGCGUGGAAGGACAUUGGCUUUCGCCCAAGCAUGGAAGAUGUGUAUAUAUGCAUCGACGAUUUUGGGAGUGACUGUGGCCUUGGAAAUGUUGUUAACGGGCCCAAUGCCUUCUAUGGGGUGUUUGAUGGACAUGGAGGGAAACAUGCAGCUGACUUUGCAUGCUACCAUUUACCGAAAUUCAUAGUUGAGAAUGAACAUUUCCCAAGUGAGGUUGAGAAGGUUGUUGCAUCGGCAUUUCUACAAACUGAUGCUUCUUUUGCAGAGGCUUGCUCCAUGGAUGCAGCCCUUGCUUCUGGCACCACUGCUCUGGCAGCUCUUGUUAUUGGGAGGUUUUUGGUGGUGGCAAAUGCCGGUGACUGCCGAGCAGUGUUGUGUCGCCGUGGUAAAGCAAUUGAAAUGUCUAGGGAUCACAAACCAAUUUGCAGCAAAGAGAGGAAGCGUAUUGAGGCAUCAGGGGGGCAUGUUUGUGAUGGUUACCUCAAUGGUCUACUUAAUGUGGCUCGCGCCAUAGGAGACUGGCACAUGGAAGGAAUGAAAGGUGCAGAUGGUGGACCACUUAGUGCAGAACCAGAGCUUAUGACUACACAAUUGACAACAGAGGAUGAAUUCCUCGUUAUUGGCUGUGAUGGGCUCUGGGAUGUGUUCAGGAGCCAAAAUGCUGUAGAUUUUGCCAGGCGGAGGCUUCAGGAGCACAAUGACCCUGUCAUGUGUAGCAAAGAUCUGGUUGAUGAAGCUCUGAAGAGGAAGAGUGGGGAUAACUUAGCUGUUGUUGUGGUCUGCUUCAGAUCUGAGCCUCCGCCUAACUUGGUUGCCCCACGCUCGAGAGUGCAGAGAAGCUUCUCUGCUGAGGGUUUGAGGGAGCUGCAAAGCUUCUUGGAUAGCUUGGCAAAUUGAGAUGGUGACUAAUGCUUCUUUCCGGUUUCUCUCUCUUCUUUCUUUCUUUCUUUUUGCUAUUCCAUUCAAAGCCAUAGUUGUAGUUUUAGAUAUUGAGAAAAAUGAGGUUUAACUGUAACAUAUGCGGCAGCAAGUUGGUAGCAUAAUUUGUUGCUUUGCUAGGAGUUCAAUUUGUUGUUUUGUUUUAGGCUUUUAGCAUUUGUAUGAGCCAGAUAUUUUAAACGGAUCUAGUCAAAUUCUAUGGAGAACAGUUUAAUGUGCUGGAUUUAAUUAA